AGCCGGCGUCCUUGCGCACGGCGGCGGCUACCCGUGCGGCCCGGCUGCCCGCGUGUCCUUCACAGGUGGGGACGGCUGACGGUGUUCGGCCCACGAGUGGGGAGCAGGCCGCGGGAGGGCCGCUGGGGCGCAUGCCGGACGUGGUGCGGAGCGCAGCGUCGAGGAGGAGCGGCGGCGGCGGCGGUGGGGGAGGCGGCGGUGUUUUUCUGAGGGACACGAAUCCGUUUGUGGGCGACUCGUCGCUCCGCCACCAGGAACCCGACCGGAUCUUGGCGCACGAAGAAAGUGGCUUUGACGACUACGAAGAAGCGUUCUUCCUCUCGCGGAGGCCUCCCGCAGAGCGCCAGACGUCUCUGGGCCGAACGUCCCACGUGUACGGCGCCGCAAACCCCUUCUGCGGUGGCGCGGAGCUGCUGCCGCCCCCCCCGCACUGCUCCGGGGACGGCACGCAGCCGUGCUCGUACGGCAUGGCGGCCUCGGCGCCGGAGUUUUUGCAGCCGUGCGGCAUGGACAACUCGCAGGCGCUGCGCUGCAGGAUGGAGUUUCGGAACGCGUCGCAUCGCGCGGUGGAGCACAAUCCCUUCGCGCAGAACAACUACCAGGCGAUGCAGGAGUGGAGGCAAGCGUUUGAGAAUCCCCCCGCGAAAAAGUACGAGGCAUUCCUGAGUCCCACGAGUUACUGCGCCGCGGGAGACCCGGGUUUCCUCGGAGAUCAGAACAUGAACCGUCCUCAAAAAUCCGCCGUCAACGCCGCCGACAUGCAGUCCUGUGGCUUCUUUGACCCGGCAUGCUGUCAGAUGAAUCAACAUUGCCACGGCGGCUUCAGCUGCAUCAACAAAGACCAGGACGGGGGAGGAGGCUGCUACGAGGGGCGGCCAACCGACUCGUACGGCGACGGCCAGGGCCGCUGUUGCGAGAGCGCCGCGUUCGCGCGGCCGUCGAGCGCCGUGCCUCGGUUGGACCCGGCGACGGCGUACUCGCGCGACGGCUCCGCCGUCUUUUGUGACGUCACGCAGGGGGGCUACGAACCGUGCUCUGCCGACGAUUGCCGGCGCAGAUCCUACAAGGGUGGCGGCGACUCGUUGGAGGGGAGGGCGCCGUUCGAGGACGACGACGAUGACGUCGUCCAUGAUGACGACGCCGAGGACUUGGACCUGGCUCGCUGCGACCGCUGGCAGGUCUACCCCAACCUGCAGCAGUGUCCCACGGCCAGGUGCCAGCGUGACGACGCGUGCGCGCCUCGCCUCGCCACGCCGCUGGCGAAGAAGAUGGGCGGCUUUGCGGGAGGCCCGGUCCUUGGGGGGCACGCGGCGGCCACGGCGGUGGCGACGGGCGGGGACGCUUUGACGGGUCUGGUCGGGUCGCGCGACGGGUGGCGGCGCGCUCCUUCGGUGCCCUCGUUGGGGGACACCUCGGUGGUGGCGGCGGCGGCGGAUCGGGACGGCCGCCGUCGCUCCCCCGCUCGCUGUGACGCGGCGCAGCCGUCUCUGCUGCCACCUGCAGGGGGCAAGGCCAAGAGGAAGCGGAAGAGAAGGCGGGCAGCCUCUUACAGGAAAGCUCACGGGGAGGACGAGGCGCUCGCGAAUGAGGGAGCGCCGGCUCCCGCCGGUGUGGGGGGUGGUGCCCUGGACGCGGGCGCCAGUGCGGCCCAGCCUGACGACCCGGCUCCGGAGUGCGUCUUCACCCUCAAGAUCCACGUGCCCGGAUCGGAGCCCUUCGAGCUGCAGGUGUCGUCGCAGGAGCUGGUGCAGGACAUCCAGCAGGUUCUGAUGGACCGCGAGGAGAGCUGCCACCGCACCUGCUUCUCGCUGCAGCUGGACGGCGCGGCGCUCGACGCCUACUCGGAGCUGCGCGCCGUCGAGGGGCUCGGCGAGGGCUCCCUGCUGCGCGUCGUCGAGGAGCCGUACACCAUCCGGGAAGUGCGCAUCCAUCUCCGUCACGUGCGCGACCUCCUCAAGAGCACCGACCUCUCGGACGCCUACAACGGGCAGGACGGCGUUUCGCUGUCCUUCCUCAACGCCGUCACUGACGGGGACGUGGCCGCGGAAGGCGUGCGUCGCAAGCGCCGCCCAGGCUUUGAGCAGGCCGGCUCGGAGUCCGUGGACUGCACCCCUCCCGAGUACAUCCUUCCGGGCUCGCGGGAACGCCUGCUGUGCCCCCUGCAGCCGCUGCCCCGAGACUACAAGCCUCUGCAGUGCCUGAAGGUGCUGACGACGAGCGGCUGGAACCCCCCGCCGGGGAACCGCCGCAUGCACGGAGACCUCAUGUACCUGUACGUGGUGACGGCUGAGGACCGCCACGUGAGCAUCACCGCCUCCACACGCGGAUUCUACCUCAACCAGUCCACGGCGGAGGUGUUCAACCCGAAGUCGGCGUCCCCCAGCCACCUGUCCCACUCGCUGGUGGAGCUGCUGGCGCUCAUCAGCCCCACGUUCAAGAAGAACUUCGCCAUCCUGCAGAAGAAACGGGUGCAGAGGCACCCGCUGGAGCGCAUGGCCACGCCGUUCCAGGUGUACAGCUGGACGGCCCCGCAGCUGGAGCACACGGUGGACUGCGUGCGAGCGGAGGAGGCCUACACCUCCCGCCUGGGCUACGAGGAGCACAUCCCAGGGCAGACACGCGACUGGAACGAGGAAAUCCAAGCGACGCGAGAGCUUCCUCACAAGAACCUUACCGAGCGAUUGCUGAGAGACCGCGCCAUCUUCAAGGUUCAGAGCGACUUCACGGCGGCGGCGGCGCGCGGCGCCAUGGCGGUGGCGGACGGCAACGUGAUGGCCAUCAACCCCGGGGAGGACGCGCGCACGCAGAUGUUCCUGUGGAACAACAUCUUCUUCAGCCUGGGCUUCGACGUGCGGGACCACUACAAGGCGGUGGGCGGCGACGCGGCGGCGCACGUGGCCCCGGCCCUGGACCUGGCGGGCGUGCGCGCCGUGUCGGCGCUGGACCCCGAGGGGCUGCACGUGCUGGCGACGGCGCUGGUGGACUACCGCGGCUACCGCGUGACGGCGCAGUCGGUGAUCCCCGGCAUCCUGGAGCGCGAGCAGGAGCAGGCCAUCGCCUACGGCUCCCUGGACUUCGGCGCCACCGUCGCCUGCUCCUCGUCGUCCGGCAAGCUCACGACGGCCGCCACCACGCGCAAGUUCACCACGCUGCUGGAGCGAGUCGCCAAGCCGCUGCACAUCCUGCGCCACAAGGUUCUCAACGAGAAAGACGAGGCCGUGGAGCUGUGCUCCUCCGUGGAGUGCAAGGGCAUUGUGGGUAACGACGGCCGCCACUACAUCCUGGACCUGAUCCGCACCUUCCCCCCCGACGCCAACUUCCUGCCGAUGGCCACGCCCGAGGCCACGGACGACGUCCGGGCCGCGGAGGGCGACGGCGAGGAGACGGGGGCGGCGCAGGAGGAGCAGGGGAAGAAGGAGGAGAAAGAGGAGGAUCAGGAGGAGGAGCAGGGGAAGAAGAAGAAGGAGGAGGAGGUUCCGUUCCCGGAGGUGUGCACGAGCCUCGGCUUCCCAAGGGCGCAUCGACACCGCCUGCCCUGCCUGCGUCACGAGCUCGUGGACGCCUUCGUACAGAGCAAGCACCAGCAGUUCAUGCACCUCGCCAUCUCGCAGCACAAGGCGCUCAAGAAGGAAGGCGCAGACGAGGCCCAGGGCACCGACGAUGCGGAGAUGAACGGCCACGACGUAAUGCGCAACGCGUGCCGAGCCGUGGGCUCCGUCAACGACGCGUUCUUCGACAUCCGCUUCAACCCCGACGUCUUCACCCCCACCGUGCGCUUCCCGGAGUCGGAGCGCGAGUCCGUUCAGCACCAGAAGCGGCUGCUGUUCGAGGCGGCCGCCUUCCUCGUCUCGGUGCAGAUGCCGGCGUUUCUGAAGGACUGCAUGGAGCAGCUGGUGGUGCCCAUGGACGGCUCGACGCUGGUGGAGGCUCUGCAUCGGCGUGGGAUCGGGCUGCGCUACCUGGGCACGCUCGCCCGGAUGAUCACUGGCCUGCCCGACGCUCGCACGCUCUCCUACCUCCACAGCCUGGUCAUCGUGGAGAUAAUCACGAGGUCGGCCAAGCACCUUCUCAGGACCUACCUGCAGAACACGGACCUGUCAGGUCUCUCCAUCGCCGUCGCUCACUUCCUCAACUGCUUCCUGAGCGCCUGCUCCAACCCCGGAGCCCCCUCCUCGUCCUCCUCUUUGUCUUCCUCGUCGGGCACCGCAGCCCCGGGCGCCGGGGGUGCGGGAGCCGCGAACAACAACAACUCCUCCGCGUCGAAUGCGCAGGCCUCCGAGGACGCGGCGUCGUCGGCGCCCAAGGGCAAGCGGCGCGGUCGGAGGCGCAACCAGCGCGGGGGUCACGGCGCGGGCACGGACAGCGGCAGCUGGGCCGCACUGUCCCCCCAGCAGCUGUGGAAGAGCAUCCGCACGGAGGCGCGCGAGUACUACGCCAUCGACCUCGAGUGUGAUGGCGUGGACCAGGCCCUGGAGAAGUACGGAAUCCAGAAGCUCGCGCUCCUGCGGGAGAUCUGCCUCAAGGGGGGCAUCCAGGUGCUGCUCCGGGAGUACAACUUCGAGGGGCGGCACAAGGCGACCUUCACGGAGGAGGACAUCCUCAACAUGUUCCCGGUGGUGAAGCACCUGGACGCGCGCGCCACGGACGCGCAGCGCAUCUUCCAGACCGCCCAGGCGCACAUACAGCAGGGCUUCUUCAAGGAGGGCUGCACGCAGCUGGGGGAGGCGCUGAACCUCUACAACGGCGUGUACGGCGCACUGCACGCCGAGAUCAUCGCCUGCCUGCGUCUCCUCGCGCGCCUCCACUACAUCCUGGGCGACCACGGAGAGGCUCUGAGCUGCCAAGAGAAAGCCACCAUGAUGAGCGAGCGAGUCCUCGGCAUCGACAGCCCGUACACCAUCCAGGAAUACAUGAACUUUGCCCUCUACUGCUUCACGAACGCGCACAUCUCGGCCGCGCUGAAGCUCCUCUACCGCGGGCGCUACCUCGCGCUGCUGCUCGUGGGAGAGGACCACCCGCAGAUGGCCGUUUUCGACAGUAACAUCGGGCUGAUGCUGCACGGGGUGAGCGAGUACGAGCUGGCGCUGCGCUUCCUCGAGAAGGCGCAUGGCACCAACGUCAAGUACGCCGGCGGCAAGUGCCUCCGUGCCGCGCUCAGCCACCACCUGCUGGCUCGCGUCUUCUCAAGCAAGGGAGACUUCCGCUCGGCGCUGCAGCACGAGAAGGAGACGUACACCAUCUACAAGGCGCAGUUCGGGGACGUGCACGAGAAGACCGUGGGUAGCUCCGAGUACCUGAAGCACCUGACCCAGCAGGCGGUGGCUCUGCAGAGAACCAUGAACGAGAUUUACAAGAACGGGGCCAAGCCCAGCAUCGCACCCCCGCAGAUCUCGGCGCCGAGCAUGCAGAACAUCCUGGAGCUGCUCAACGCCGUCAACGGGAUCGUACUGCCAACGCUCGGGCGGGACGACAUCAUUAAGCUGAAGGCCGAGGUGCAGCAGCUGGAGGCGAUGGUGACCUCGCACAAGCAGGCCUUCUCGGAGAAGGGCUUCGUGAUGCCGGAAGACGAAGCGGCCGACGACGACGAUGCCGCCGCCGCCGCCACCUCCUCCUCGGCGGAGGCCGCAGCCAACGGAGUGGCGGCCGCAAACGGAGACUCCCAUGAGCCCGAGCGGCUGGAGCAAGACGAGGGCGUGCAGACGGCAGAGGCGUCCGCCGCGAACAGCUAAAAAACGCACGUUUUAUAAUUAUUUAAAAGAACCUCCGCCCCUCCCCCCCCCCUCGGAAAAGAAAUACAAAUACCAACGAUGUGUAUUGCAGAAUUUGCGGAGGGCCCAAGUGGUGUGUCUGUGAGAGAGAGAGAUAGUGAAGUGUGCGCCCGAGGGCUUUUUCUUUGUUUAUUUUUGUUUGUUAGAUUUAGCAAGCGGCACUUGUUGAAAUGCUUUGGCUGAGGCGUGCCAGCCAUUAAAUACAAUGAAACGAUAACGAUCGUGUUAUACGAAAGAGAAAAAAUCCUUUAAUUUAACAGAUUAAGCAACAACAAAAACCCGUUGUCAUAUCUUGCCGAUGUUGCUAAUUGCUACGAAUUAUUGCUUGGUGAUGGAAUCCUUAUACUUUUGUAUGUGCUGGAGAGAAUUUAAAAACCUUAAUGGCUUUAAUUAACAUACCUUUAUGUACGUGUGUAUGUAUGUUGAACUUCUUUUGCACCGCACAUGGCCAACCGUGCUAAUCGGAGGUCCGGUGGACGGACAACAAACUAAACCCAGAGCAGUUCUAAAUAAAUUCGUUUUCAAUGUAUCAACUGCUAGGCAGUGUUAAACAUUUGAACUCAAUUGCAGGCUUCUGUGAGUGGUGUGGGCUCUUUAAAUGUGUUCGUUGUUGCUUGAAAAAUUCGGUCUUCGCUAAGUCCGGAUGCUUGCUUGCUUACUUGGGAAAGAAAAAGCUUAAUCGCAAGUAGAAUUAAAAAACUGAUAGAAUAAUAAUUUUAAAGUCAACUGUUGAGCCCAUUAGAUAUAUUCAAUUGAAUUUACGGCAAAAAAACGAAGAGUUAUCGUUACAUCAGUUACUACGGAUAUCGCUUACAUCGCGCAGAGUUGAACGUUUCGGGGGUGGAGGUUUGCGAUUUAAAAUGUUGAAGUCAAAACAUUGUACUUUUUGAUACAGAUCAAAUCACCAUUUGCAAAUAUGAAACGAUACCAAGAAUUAAGCGUCGCGUGAAUACUGACAUCAAAAAUCGAGCACAGUUCGGUUGAGAUGGCGUCUCCCCGGUCCGUGAUAACCGAAGCGUUAGUUCUGUCACCGCUGCCGCGGAUGACUGCAAGUGCUCGAAUGUUGGGAUGACAUUGAGGUGAGACGGGAGAGCGUCCAGGGGGGUUGGUGCGACUGUGGUUGUGCUCCCUGUGUGGAGCGGGUGCGGGCCGUUGCGAUUGCACAGUUUUAUUUCUUUCGUUGCCCCCCCCCCCAUGGUGGAACGUGUGCCCCCUUGAGCUCGAUGGGACGCGUUAAAAGGUUUCCAAACACAACGGCCGUACGCACGGCGUAAACGGGUCUUCCCCGCCCGAACUGCACGCGUUGGAGGAAUGUACUGGAGCGUAAUUCGUUUCGGGGUCGGUGCGUGCGUGUGACCUUUAGGAUUAAGACAAUCGGUUGAACGUGUGGACACCUUUGCUGUAAAAUUGCCUAACUCGUUAAGGGGUUAUACACCCGCAAACGAUUACCCAAAUCCGUUGACUUCCAAAUUCUACAUUUUACGUUUGUGUACUGAUAAUCAGACCCGCGCAACUGUUUACCAUUCACUCAUGUAUAUUAGAUAACAGUACAGCGUACAUUGUCUCGUAUAAUCCUGCCGUGUAUGUACAUUGCACACGCAAAGUCAUUCUCCUGUUCGCAGGCACGUAUAAGUCAUAAACAGAAGGCCCCCAUGGGUCAUAUUUGUUCCAGGGUCUGUCAAAAACAAAAAUCUUAUUUCAAAAGGAACGUUCAGGAGCACCUGAAUCUCGGGGGCCUUCAGAGUGCCAGCGCAUCACAAUUGACAUCUCCGGAAAGAGUAUUACGUUAUGAGUUAGCCCAGCAGCCUUGUGGGGUGCGGCGAGUGUCGUGAAGAGCCGUUGGGUACAGCGGAGGAGUGUGGAGCGGGGGGGGGGUUCAUCCGUCCGUGCGUGUCAAGUUGUGGGCUGGCCACUAACCCCCCCUACCCCCCCCCCCCCAGGUGUGUAAUGUUUGUCUCACAUGGUGUGGCUGAGCCGUGCUAAUAAUGAAUAAAGUGGUGUGGGUCACGGCUACACGCGUACUCUGCUUGGGCUUGCCUUCACCGCGCAAGUGACAGACGCCGCUGGCUUGAGGUCCACUUUGCCUGCAUUCACGUUGCCAGUUUGAAAUGCACGUGUACAUAAUAGGGGGGCAUGCCCCCCUUUUCCCACCCCAUAACGAUCGCCACCAUGGCUACAAGAGCAGUAAUGUUUCCCACCGCCUCCCCCCCCCGGAAAUUUGUACGAGUUUUCACGAUCAAAUGCCCAAGCUGCCAUUUCACAAUCGGUUAUAUAUAUUUUGUGUCCUGUUGUAUUUUUACCGAUGAGUUUGCAAAUUGUUUUAUCUUCACAGUGUUCGUCGUCGCGCGAGCACAACUGCAAGCGUCGCAGCGUAUCGUUUUUUUUUACGUCACACUUAAAUCGGAACAUUUGCUCUCUUGCGCACGCCCACGAUUCGGCGCGUGAAUCGUGAACUUUUGGACCAGUGGUUCUCAAAGUGGUGAUCACCCCCGCACCACCGGCGAGGUAUCUGCCACGUCCCUCCAGGGUGGGGCCUCCAGGUGGGCCCGCGGUGGCUCGAGCCGGUCAAUAAUGACAACGUUCAAUACCUUUUAUUUUAUUUUGGACAUUAAUAUUUUACUUAUUUAAUAAAAAAAAUGGAACUUGGGAUAAACUUACCCCGCUUUUGAACUACCCUAAGAUAUAAAUGGCCACCCCUAAAAAAAAAAACCCGCUAUAGUUUUUUUUCCGGUAAUAUAAAUCGCUUUUGUAUUACUAGUAUUUAGAUAAGCGAAUGUGUUUUGUCACCAGGGGUGAUGGUUGGGUGGGGGGGGUCCGGUGGCUGGGAUGGUCCGUGGGGAAUGUAUGCAUGGGCUGAGUGGACCGUGGGCCAAGCAACCCAACUCUUGAGAAACACUCCCGUUGAAGAAUCAAUGUGAACGGGGCUUUCGGGGGGGGGGGGGGGGUGCCACGUUGAAACAGGUCGAAGGAAAACGGAACGAGCCGCGGCUGCUGUUGGGGAUAUUUCGUCCUCCCUCCCUUCUCCCCCCAGUUCGAGGCCACGUGUUCUAUCCCCACGUCUAUAAUCUUCUGUGCGGUGUCAACGCUGCGACGCGUCGCGAUUUCGCAAAUGUCUGUCCAUGUGUUUUGUUCAGGGUCUCUUCUCCCCCCACCCCACCCCCCUCAAGUCUCUGCCGACGUUCACAAAUCUGUUCGUUGGCUGCCUGGCACUGCGACUUGCACACUUGCACAUUUGCGCGCGUGAACGUGCCCACGGUGUGCACGUGCAGCACGCCGGAACCUCGAGGGCUAGUUCUGAACGAGGGCACACUUGCUAACGGGUUAUCGGGCUAUUUCUUCGGACAUCUGAAUGUUAACGCGUCUGUAUUUAUGGGGUUGAUGGUUUGUGGGACUUGGCUGUGGCUACUAAUGUAAUGGGGUGUUGUUGUUUUUUUUGCUCCCCCAUGAGAAAAAUUUGGUGAAUAUUUUUUGUUUGUUUAAGGGGGCUGAUAUUUGGGUGUGAUGUUGGCAAAACGGCGCAAGGAAUCCGCUUUGGAACGGGGCGUGGGUGGCGGUGUGGAGGUCAAUCACGGGGCGGGGGGGGGGUCCCCCCUUCCAGUGAACAUAUCCACACAGGAUGGAUUCUGCUCGACACGGCUAAUUGAGAGCACCGGUUUGUCGUCACUGCUGCAGCCAAUAGAGAAACUGUUCUACCCAUCCGGGAAGGGGGGGGGGGGGUGAGACUUUAAUUUCGACUGUGGCGAGGGACACCUUUGUGUGCGUUCGACGGCUUGGUAGAGGGAGAGAGAGACGCGGCGUUGUGCACGUAUCUCCAUAGCUCAAAAGCAAAAAAAAACCGUAAGCAUGUUUUGUCUGAUUUUGCAAUGAGAGUUGGGGUUUUGGCGGCGGUGGUGGUGGUGUAUUUUGUGUGCGUGGAACGAGGGCCUUAACGGCAAAGCGGUGUGAGGCCCUGGAACAGCAUUGAAGCGGUCGACCCAUCCCCAAGAGGACCGGGGCGUGGGGGGUGAUGGUGGCAUCGUAGGUUUCUUGUGUCGGAGAACACUUGCAACUGCUGCGACACAAGCUGCUCACUCCCGCAAAGCUGUAAAUGCUCUCUGAUGGGUGCAUUGUCCUUGUACUGUUCGCCGUUUGACGUUCUCUGGUCCGACGCUGGUAGUUGAGACACUAGGCCAUGAAUAAGGCUGUUGUUGUCUCUGGUGGAGGCCACAGACUGCGAAUAUUGUCAGAGCAAUGUUUGUUUGCAUGCGUGUGUGGUGGAUGCAGACUUGAUUUCUUGAUUAAAGGUUUCUGUGUGGUGUUCGAACAUCUUGGCAUCUGUUUUGUUGCCAGCAAGGGUAAAACGUAUCAUUAUUUUUCUUACUUUGAUACUGGCAAAAAGGUCCCAUGAUACUUACAGGUUGUGUACACAAAAAAAACCCGAAAUAAUUGUGCGGCUUGACUACCCCUGUUCAUUAUCCCGCCCAGAGCAGUCUGAAAAAUAGUGUGACUGAUGUUUUUGUGUGCGAUUUUUUUGUAAAUGCGUUUUUAUUUGCUCGACGUCUCAUCUGAUGCUGGGGGGCCAUGCGGUCUGCCCCACGUGGAUUUGAAACCUUAUCGCCCACAGGGAGGCGCAAAGUAAGCAAUAAAUGAACGGCAUGCGUGUCCACGACCACCACAAGGCCCUAUGAGCACUCCAUUAAGACCGCAGUGGCACCAAACAUCGAAUGCGUAUUCGAGGUGUUUUUAGUCGUGCAUACCCAUUAUUACAACAGUCAGCGCUAGUAUCCUCCGAAGAAAUCCCACCGAGAAAUGUAGGGGGGGGGGGGGGGCAACCCCUCCA